CCAAAUCCCAAAUUCAGACACGAAUUAACAAAAUCCAUCUCCAUCUCUCCAUCUCCAACUCCAACUCUCUCUUCCAACCGACGAAAAGCGUCUUCGCUCGCUCGAGGGAUUUCUGGAGGCUUUGAUUCUCUCUCUCCCUCUCUCGCUGGAAUUCCUGAAGAUGCGUCGCGCUGCGUCGAGGAAGACGGGUCAACCAAAUUCAACACCGUCUGUCAAUUCUUCGCCCGUGGAUCUCUUCCGCUCCGCAUCAAGUAAAGCAACUUCAAAAGAGUUGGAACGAAUCGAUAACCUAUUUUAUUCAUAUGCAAAUGGAUCUUCUGCUAUGAUCGACCCAGAGGGAAUUGAAAAUCUUUGUUCUGAUAUGGAAGUAGAUCAUACUGAUGCGAGGAUCUUGAUGCUUGCUUGGAAAAUGAAAGCGGAAAAACAGGGAUAUUUUACCCUGGAAGAGUGGCGAAGAGGCCUCAAAGCAUUGAGAGCUGACACUGUAAAUAAAUUAAAAAAGGCCCUCCCGGAGCUUGAGAAAGAGGUUAAGAGGCCAUCAAACUUUGUGGAUUUCUAUUCCUAUGGAUUCCGGUAUUGCUUAACAGAGGAGAAGCAAAAGAGCAUUGAUAUAGAGAGCAUAUGCGAAUUAUUGGAUCUUGUUUUAGGCUCCCAAUUUCGGGUGCAGGUCGACUUGUUUGUCGAGUAUUUAAAGAGUCAGAAUGAUUACAAGGUCAUAAACAUGGAUCAGUGGAUGGGAUUUUAUCGGUUUUGCAAUGAGAUAAGUUUUCCGGAUCUUGAUAAUUAUGAUCCUGAACUUGCUUGGCCCUUGAUCCUGGACAAUUUUGUUGAAUGGAUUCAAGCAAAGCAGAGCUAGUUGAUAUCUUGUGGUCAGCUUGAUUUUCUGCUGUAAACCAUGGUUAUUGUCGAAGACCACUCAGACUACACACAUCAAAUGCCUCAGGAUUUUUAAUUUUAUUUUCUUGAUUUUCUUUCAAACAUAAAAAGCAUGCUCAAUGUCCUCACCCUCGGAAGUUACCUGUUUGUGCUGUGGAUAAUUCUUGAGAAAGUCUUGAUAUAUUUAUUGUCCACUGAUCUUGCGACUCAUUAAAAAUUUAAUACUAUUUACUGUUUAACUAACUUCUAUAUAUAAGUUAUUUCUACU